GUGCGUGUGGUGCCCCUGCUGCCGGGGCUGGUGAUUGGAGGAAACCCCGUGUCUGCGGAGCGGCUGUAGCCUGUGAGCAGCGAGAUCCAGGGACAGAGUCUCAGCCUCGCCGCUGCCGCCGCCCAGAGACUGCCCAGCGCCCGUCCGUCCGCCCGCCACCCACUCGGGACACAGAACAUCCAGUCAUGGAUAAAAAUGAGCUGGUGCAGAAGGCCAAACUGGCCGAGCAGGCUGAGCGAUACGAUGACAUGGCAGCCUGCAUGAAGUCUGUAACGGAGCAAGGAGCUGAAUUAACUAAUGAGGAGCGGAAUCUUCUUUCCGUUGCUUAUAAAAAUGUUGUAGGAGCCCGUAGGUCAUCUUGGAGGGUCGUCUCAAGUAUUGAGCAAAAGACGGAAGGUGCUGAAAAAAAACAGCAGAUGGCUCGAGAAUACAGAGAGAAAAUUGAGACGGAGCUAAGAGACAUCUGCAAUGAUGUACUGUCUCUCUUGGAAAAAUUCUUGAUCCCCAAUGCUUCACAAGCAGAGAGCAAAGUCUUCUAUUUGAAAAUGAAGGGAGACUACUACCGUUACUUGGCUGAGGUUGCUGCUGGUGAUGACAAGAAAGGGAUUGUGGAUCAGUCACAACAAGCAUACCAAGAAGCUUUUGAAAUCAGCAAAAAGGAAAUGCAGCCAACACAUCCUAUCAGAUUGGGCCUGGCCCUUAACUUCUCUGUGUUCUAUUAUGAGAUUCUGAACUCACCAGAGAAAGCCUGCUCUCUUGCAAAGACAGCUUUUGAUGAAGCCAUUGCUGAACUUGAUACAUUAAGUGAAGAGUCAUACAAAGACAGCACACUAAUAAUGCAGUUACUGAGAGACAACUUGACAUUGUGGACAUCAGAUACCCAAGGAGAUGAAGCGGAAGCAGGAGAAGGAGGGGAAAAUUAACCAGCCUUCCAACUUUUGUCUGCCUCAUUCUAAAAUUUACACAGUAGACCAUUUGUCAUCCAUGCUGUCCCACAAAUAGUUUUUUGUUUACGAUUUAUGACAGGUUUAUGUUACUUCUAUUUGAAUUUCUAUAUUUCCCAUGUGGUUUUUAUGUUUAAUAUUAGGGGAGUAGAGCCAGUUAACAUUUAGGGAGUUACUCGUUUUCAUCUUGAGGUGGCCAAUAUGGGGAUGUGGAAUUUUUAUACACGUUAUAAAUGUUUGGCAUAGUACUUUGGUACAUUGUGGCUUCACAGGGGCCAGUGUUAAAACUGCUUCCAUGUCUAAGCAAAGAAAACUGCCUACAUAUUGGUUUGUCCUGGUGGGGAAUAAAAGGGAUAAUUGGUUCCAGUCACAAGUGUAGUUAUUGUGGGUACUUUAAGGUUUGGAGCACUUACAAGGCUGUGGUACAAACAGAUAUCCCAUGGAAUACUACAUGUUGGAAUCAUGUGUUUCUGUGGAAUAGUCAAUCUCAGCGUGCACAUCUUUGACUGCAGCUACAGAAGUGUUCUUUAGAAAAAGUUGUGACCCAAUUUACUCUGGUAAGGGCAGAAACGGUUCACAUUCCAUUAUUUGUAAAGUUACCUGCUGUUUGCUUUCAUUAUUUUUGCUACACAUUUUAUUUGUAUUUAAAUGUUUCAGGCAACCUAAGAACAAGUGUAAAAGUACAGUAAAAUGAAUUCUUGGUAUUCAUGACUUCAUGUGUAUCAAGCACCGCAGUAAACAAAAAUCCCAUGUAUUUAACUUUUUUAGGGUUUUUUUUUUUUUUUUGCUUUUGUGAUUUUUUUUUUUUUUUUUGAUACUUGCCUAACAUGCAUGUGCUGUAAAAAUAGUUAACAGGGAAAUAACUUGAGAUGAUGGCUAGCUUUGUUUAAUGUCUUAUGAAAUUUUCAUGAACAAUCCAAGCAUAAUUGUUAAGAACAUGUGUAUUAAGUUCAUGUCAGUGGAAUAAAAGUUUUAUGAAUAGACUUUUCAACUACUUUCUCUACAGCUUUUCAUGUAAAUUAGUCUUGGUUUUGAAACUUCUCUAAAGGAAAUUGUACAUUCUUGGAAAUUCUUUAUUCCCUUUGGCAGCUAAUGGGCUUUUACCAAGUUUAUCAUAACAAAAAAUGCUAAUAUAACUAACAUUCUCUACCACGUCCCAUAUUCCCCCCCUUCUUCUCCCCCUUUCCCAGUGAAAUGAACUUUUUGGGGGAAGUGGGGACAGAUUGCAAAAGGUAAUAUGCUCCAUUUUUAAAUUUUGGUAUAUGGCAUUUUCUAACUUAAGAAGCCACAAUGUUCUUGGCCCAUCAUGACAUAAGUUCUGUGCUUCCAAAUCACUUUGUUUUUUAAAACUAUCUUGGUAUUCUUACAGCCUGCCUUUGAUUUGAUCCUUUAUUCUUUCCGUUUGUCAAGUGCGCAAGAUUACCUACCUUUUUAGCCUCUUCUCUUGGCACUAACCAUUCCUACUUGGUGGCCAUGUACUUGGGAAAGGCCGCAUGAUCUCUGGCUCCACUCAUGUCUAAGAUAAUGAUCUGCUUCCUUUGCUUGCACCCCACACACUUCCCCUCUCCCCUUUAUUGCAGCACGUCUCUCCUUAGUUGAUGAGAUUGUGUCUGUGUCCCUGUCCUGAAUGGUCUGUCGCUGUCUGCCUUUAAAAUCCUUUCCCUUCCUCUUUAAAUAACGAUGGGGCUAAGUUAUACCCAAAGCUCACACCCUACCGAAUAUUUCCUCAGUACUUUACAGAAAACACCAAACAAAAUUGCCAUUUUAAAAGAGGUGUAUUUUUUUUUCUUUUAGAAUGUAAGCUCCUCACGAGCAGGGACAAUGUUUUCUGUAUGUUCUGUUGUGCCUAGUACACUGUAAAUGCUCAAUAAAUACUGAUGACGGGA